CCGCAGACAGUCGUUCCAGCCCCGCUUGGCCGCCGGAGCGGAGCAGCAGCAGGAAGGCAUCCGGAGCCGGCCGUCGCAGCCGUGCCGGCGGGGGAAGGCUCCCCGCAGCCCGGGGGGUCACCCCAGCAGGGCUGGGGGCGCGGGCAGGCACCACGCCAUGGCCUUCACCAUGCUGCGCCCCGUGGCUGCCCGCGUGCUCUACCCCGACCUCAGCAUUCUCUCAGAGGACGAGGAGAACCGGAGCGAGAGCGACACAUCGGACCAGUCGUUUGGCUGCUGCGAGGGCGCGGAGGCUCGCCGCAAGCUGCCACGAAAACCAGGGCCAAUGGUGAUGGUGAAGCAGAGGCAGGCGGCCAACGCACGGGAGCGGGACCGGACCCAGAGCGUCAAUACGGCCUUCACCGCCCUGCGGACCCUCAUCCCCACCGAGCCAGUGGAUCGGAAGCUGUCCAAGAUCGAGACCCUCCGCCUGGCCUCCAGCUAUAUCUCCCACCUGGCCAAUGUGCUGCUGCUGGGCGAGGGCUGCGAAGACGGGCAGCCCUGUUUCAGUGCCAUCUACGGGGCCAAGGGCGACCUGGACAGCAAGCAGCCCCGCAGCAUCUGCACCUUCUGCCUCAGCAAUCAGCGGAAAGGGGGCAGCCGGAGGGACCUCGGGGGCAACUGCCUAAAGAUGCGGGGGGUGACCCCCCUGCGAGUGUCACGGAGAUGAGCCAGGGUCCGGCAGCACCCACCUGAAACAAGCGGCAGAGCCAGCUGGAGCCCGCGCACGCCAGCCCCAGAGACCUGAGCGGGGAGGGAGGGAGCUGCCUAUCCGAGGCGGCGGCAGCUGAACGCAGGGCCGCAGGCUGGGACCGCACCGACACUGGCCCCGGAGCCGGCAGCGGGGCGGGAGGGUGUUCCCAUGGCCAAGGCCUCCCGUGUGAGGCAGGGCCGGAGAAGGGGGUCCCCACGCCCCGGGGCUGGACUGGAAGGGGCCCGUGUGUGGCCAGCAUCGAGGCGCUCCGAGGGGGAUGGUGUUGCGGCCCCGCGGGCGCUGGUUGUGCACGUGCAGCCGCUUGGAAAAUAAACCUUAUUUUUCUGA